UGGCAGGGAUGGUGAUGGGUCUUUUCUUGAUGUUGGUUCCUGUCAUAGUUUAAAUUGCCAAAGCUAACCUGUGCGUCUCUUUGCCAUUCUUCUCGUACAAUUAAUUAUGUUCCGCCCGGUCUUUCUCAAACGUUUUAUCUGCGAUGAGAAGUGAGCUCUCAAGACUCGCAUCUCAUGAUCUAAAACGCAUUCCGUCUGUCAACUGCUUCAAAUGCAGAAACGCCCACAUCAAUUCUUACCUAAACAAGGCAGUCUGAUGCUGCCCGCCGGAGCUUUGAACCGUGGGUAGACUAUUUUGUUGGUUCAAUUUGAGAGAGGCGUAAUUUCCUCAACUUUUUGCGUGCGCUAAAAAAUAAGACCUUUGAACUGUGGGUAUUGUUUUUUUUUUAAUUAAUUAAUUAUUAUUAUUUCGUUUCUGGCGCAGCUGCAAAAGUUUCUUUCAAAUUCUAGAUUUGUGCCUUGUUUUAGAUUUUAGUUUUGAAUUUUGGUUCAACUUAAAAGAGAGUUGUUUAAUUUCGAUAGGUAGUUGAAUUGAAUUUUUAUAUUUUGGAAAUAAAAAAUACAGAAAAUUGAACCCGACGUGAAUCGAACACGCAACCUUCUGAUCUGGAGUCAGACGCGCUACCAUUGCGCCACGGAUCCGAACAUGCUGCGAUGCUUAAUCCGUAGAUAAAAAAAUAAUGUAAAGAGAGGUGAGGAAAGGGGGAAUCCGUCUAAUGACUCUAAUCCAUAAUGGACCAGUGAGAGAAAGCCAACUCAUCUUCCAAAAAUGUUAGGAUGGAUGCUUCAUUCCCCUCCACACAAACUUUGGGAUUUAUCGAGCUGCAGACGAAACAAAUAGUCUCAUCUGAUCAUUCAUUAUCCAUAUCAUAUCGAACUUCGGCCGCCCGCCCCUCGAUUCUAUAUUAUAUUAUUCCUCUCUGGAUCAUCUCCAUAGUUAUAAUGGCUGCAGCGUCAUCUGCCGUGUACGCGGCCUCGAAGCCCAGCUGCUGCUGCUUAUCGUCAUCAGCAACCGCAAUUAGCAGUACUCAGCAGCUGCUGAAGCGCCAGCGCUAUAAUCCCAGCCGCAUAUGCUUUCAGGGUCUGAAGAAAUGUUGUGGCGGCGGCGGCACCCGCAGCAGUAGAGGUAGAAGUACUAAUAAUAAAUAUUAUAAUUAUAAUACAAAAAAAGGAGGAGGAGUAAAUAUUAUUAGGGGGGAGCUGAAUCCGUCGGUGGUGAUAAGCCUGAGCACGGGGGUAUCGCUGUUCCUGGGGAGGUUCGUAUUCUUCAAGUUCCAGAGGGAGAACGUGGCGAAGCAGGGGCUGCCGGUGCAGAACGGGGUGACCCACUUCGAGGCAGGAGACACCCGAGCCAAGGAGUACGUCAGCCUCCUCAAGUCCAACGACCCCGUCGGCUUCAACAUCGUCGAUCUCCUCGCCUGGGGCUCCCUCGGCCACAUCGCCGCUUACUACAUCCUCGCCACCUCCUCCAACGGCUACAACCCUAACUUCUUCAACUGAUCCACAUAUCAUCUCACAUCCUUAUAUGCAUAUGAUAUGUAUCUGUCGCCUACCUACCUACUAACUAUAUCAUAUAUAUAUAUAUAUAUAUGAUAUAGUUAUAUGUUCAAUUCGUGCGUAUAUUAGUAUUUAUAUAAGUAUGUUCCUUUUAAUUUCA